UUGUUUAUAUUUAUCGGGACAAGAGUUGUCACGAUGAGCCAGUUCAAGACUUUGUUGUCAUUGGCUACUAAUAAUGCAAAGACAGCAGUAAGAAGUAAUGGAAAUUCGACACUUCGACCGCUUCUCUCGUGCGCGCCGGUUGCAAUGGUGAGGUUCGACCGCGGGGCACACAGUCAGGAUAUCACCAAAAACAUACAGUACAUCACUAACGACACCGUCAAGCUCACCGCCGAUCCAAAUACCUUAAAGUUGGACAAGCAAUUGAAUAGACCUAUCUGUAUCAUGAUAAACUGGCUGCUGGCGCGUCAGAAGCACGUGAUGAAGUACGCAUCGCUGUAUUUGAACCAGGGCUUCGACGUGAUCUCCGUUUCCUGCACUCCCUGGCAGCUCAUCUGGCCUAUUAAAGGCUCUCAGUUAGUAGCGGCUGAUCUGGUAAAGUUGAUGUCCGCGAACGAGAACGGGCAACCGAUGGUGGUGCACGGGUUUUCAGUGGGGGGAUACAUUUGGGGCGAGGUGUGCGCCCAGGCCAUGAAGAAUAGAGAAUUAUACCAACCGGUGAUGGACCGCAUCACGGCGCAAGUGUGGGACUCCGCGGCUGACAUAACCGAGAUCACAGUGGGAGUACCCAUGGCCGUAUUCCCCAAGAACAAGAUCAUGCAGAAAACGCUCAAGGCGUACAUGGAGUACCACUUGAAGACGUUCCAUGACGUGGCGACCACGCACUACAUCCGUUCGUCGCAGCUGUUCCAUACGAACAUGUGCAGAGCGCCGGCUCUGUUCCUGCUGUCCAGAAGUGACCCAGUGGGUGCUGAGAGUAGUAACCGAGCGGUCUACGAUUCCUGGAGCAAAAUGGGCAUUAAGUGCACUUGGCAAUGCUGGGACCGCUCGCCGCACGUGCAACAUUUCAUAAAGCAUCGUGAGGAAUACUUGGAAUUGCUGAUGGCUCACCUUCGCGAACAUGCUCUGAAAGCGCAGAAAUCACGAGCUCACGCCUAG